AUGGCAUCCAAACCCGCCACAACAAUUUCGUACUCUGUCCCAAGGGAGAAAGUGGAUUGCUUGGUCAUAGGUGCUGGCGUUGUGGGCAUAUCGAUCGCAAGAGCACUGGCACUCAAGGGCAGAGAGGUUUUCGUUGUUGAAUCGGAUUCAACUUUUGGCACAGCCACCAGUUCUCGAAACAGUGAAGUUAUCCACGCUGGAAUCUAUUACCCUCGCAAUUCCUUGAAGGCGAUUUUUUGUUCAAGGGGAAGAGAUAUGUUAUAUGAUUACUGCACAAAACACGUUAUUCCACAUAAACAAACUGGUAAACUUAUAGUGGCUACUCGGUCUUCAGAGAUUCCGAAGCUAAACGACAUUCUAAACCAUGGAAUUCAAAAUGGGGUUGAUAGUUUGAGGAUGAUAGACGGGGUUGAGGCCAUGAAAAUGGAACCGGAGUUGCAAUGUGUGAAAGCAGUAUUAUCACCUGUCUCUGGGAUUGUUGACUCCCAUUCUUUAAUGCUUGCUCUAGUGGGGGAAGCCGAAAGUCACAGAACAACCUUCACAUAUAAUUCAGCAGUCAUUGGUGGCCAUCUUGAAGGAAAUCAGAUUUGUGUUCAUGUAUCAGAAACCAAUAGCCUUAAAGAAUGGAAUGGGACAUCAACAGCUCUGAACCCGGAUCUAGUGCUAGUUCCAAACCUCGUAGUGAACUCUGCAGGCCUUAGUGCCGCACUUGCGAAAAGAUUUACGGGCUUGCCAAGUGAAGUUAUUCCUUCAGCCUACUAUGCACGUGGUUGCUACUUCACAUUAUCUAACACUAAAACCACUCUGUUCGAACAUUUAAUAUAUCCUAUACUGGAGGAUGGUGGCCUUGGCAUGCAUGUUACUCUUGACUUGAAUGGUCAGGUCAAGUUUGGUCCGGAUGUUGAAUGGAUUGACAGCAUUGAUGAUAUCUCAAGUUUUCUGAAUAAGUUUGAUUAUUCAGUACAUGCAAAUCGCGCUGAGCAGUUUUAUCCGGAGAUAAGAAAGUACUACUCAAAUCUAAAGGAUGGGUCUCUUGAGCCAGGAUAUUCAGGGAUCCGACCAAAACUUUCAGGACCUGGCCAGCCACCUGUUGAUUUUGUAGUACAGGGGGAGAAUAUUCACGGAAUACCUGGUCUUGUUAAUCUUCUUGUAGUUACUAGAUUUUUGGGAUGAUGAUGCUGUGUGGAACUUCAAAAUACUUGACAUUUCUUAAAACAAAGUAUCAGCUAAGAUGGUAUAUAAGGUGAUUAUUUUAUGGAAAAAAAAAUGAUGCUAUUUAUAGCAGCGAGUUGUAUACAGUUUGGACUGUACGGUAUAUAUACAAGUGUAGUAGACUAGUAGCUUUAAAUUUAAUCAGAAUUUCCAGAAAGUCAACAUAAAAGUGACUGUUAUCCACCUUAAUUAUUCACAAAAAUUAAAAUAAUUUUUCCAGCCAAAUCUCAUUUCUAAAAUCUAUUUCUAAUGUUUCUAUGCAAGUUGGUAACCAAUUCAAUAUCAGUCAACGAAGGGAA